AUGAAUCAAACAAUUGCCUCAUGUACGAUUGAGGUAGGGGGGCCUAGCAACCUGCCAUGGUUACCCAAGGAUGCAAGGAAUUAUGUCGAUAAAGUGAGACGUUCAGAACUUAAGGAAGGGGAUGCAGAAUCAAUGCACAAGUAUUUUAUUAAGAUGAAAACUGAUAAUGAAGCAUUUUUUUAUGCAAUUGAUCUAGAUGAAGAAAACCGGCUAAAGAAUGUUUUUUGGGCUGAUGGGAGAAGUAGAGAAGCUUUCAAGGAAUUUGGAGAUGUGGUCACAUUUGACACCACUUAUUUGGUUAAUCAGUGGAAUAUGCCGUUUGCUCCUUUCGUGGGCGUAAAUCAUCAACGGCAAUCAAUCUUGUUAGGGUGCGGACUAAUAUUACGAGAGGACACAGAUUCAUUUGUAUGGUUGUUCAAGACAUGGGUUGCUUGUAUGUCCGGGUGUUCUCCUAAUGCCAUCAUAACGGACCAAUGUCGUGCCAUGCAAAAUGCAAUAAGUAUAGUUUUCCCAAACGUACGGCAUCGUUGGUGUUUGUGGCAUUUAUUGAAAAAAGUUCUUGAAAAGUUGAAAGGUUACGAUGACUCUGAACCAAUUAAAUGGGAUGUCCUUAGUGCUGCGUAUGAUUUAUUGACUAAAGAGGAAUUUGAGAAAAAUUGGGGCAAUCUCAUCAAUAAAUAUCACUUAGAGGCCAACGAGUGGCUAAGUGGCUUGUACAAUGAGAGACACCGAUGGGCUCCCGCAUUUGUGAAAGAUGUUUUUUGGGCGGGGAUGUCAACAACCCAACGGAGUGAAAGCAUGAACGCCUACUUUGAUGGCUACGUACAUUCUAAUACCACAUUAAAGGAAUUUAUGGAGCAAUAUGAGAACGCCUUGCGUAAGAAGGUGGAAAAAGAAGACGAGGAAGAUGCCCGUUGUUUCAACAAACAAAUGAAGAAUGUGUCCCCUUAUGGUUUUGAAGAUCAAUUUCAAGAUGCAUACACAAUCGCAAAAUAUAAGGAUUUUCAAGCUCAAGUAGCCAGUAAGAUUGCAUGCAAUUUCACUUCCAUGAAGGUGGUAGAUGAUGGCAUUUCAAAAUUUGAGAUUGAAGAAGAUAUAAAAGUUGGUGAGAAGGGAAUAUUGAAAACCAUUACUUUUCAUGUUUGUUAUAAUGAGGAGUCAAAAGAAAGUAAUUGUACUUGUUGGUUGUUUGAAUCUAAGGGGAUUGUGUGCAAGCAUAUUGUCAUGGUUUGGUAA